AUGGAUAUUGUUGAACCCAUCACUCCGCCAAUGGCCAAAGGAUAUUGGUUCAUCUUGGCAGUGACAGAUUACUUUUCCAAGUGGGCAGAGGCAAUUCCGCUAAAAGAAGCCAAAGCUUCAAACGUGAUCAAGUUCAUCAAACAUCACGUCAUUUACCAUUUCGGUAUCCAUGACUAUGAAACUCAGUUCGUCAGUCAUGGUUUUCAGAGGUUCUGCAACAAGUUCAGGAUCCAAAGUGUCACAUCGACGGCAUACUAUCCGCUAGCCAAUGGCCUUGCAGAAGCAUUCAACAAGACUAUUGUGAAGCUUCUCAAGAAGUUUGUCUCCAAGAGCCAUUGUGACUGGGAUGAAAAACUUGGCGAAUGUUUAUGGGCCUACCGUACAACAGUGAAGACCCCUACAAAAGCCACCUCAUUCUCUUUGGUAUAUGGCUACAAAGCCGUAUUGUCGUUAGAAAUCCAGAUCUUGUCUCUUAGAGUCGCCCUUGCGACCGAGAUGAUGGAUGAAGAACAACAUCAAUUGCGUCUUUAA